CCAUCUCUAAGGAACGUCCAUCUCUAACGCUCCCGCAUAAGCAAAAAAAAAGAAACAUUCUCUUCCUGCACAAAAAGGUGUAAUUUGGCAAUUUACUAUCUGAAAACAAGUGCAAAAUGAGUUCGGCUCGUUUUGCGCGUUCCGGGCGCGUCCGCAUCUGCAUCUUGAUGACCAUGUUCAUCGUGCUCAUCAUGAUGAUAGUGAUCUACCAAAUGUCCCAGCACCAAUUGGACGAGAGCCGCGCCUUCCAAGAGGGCCUCAGUGUCCAGAUGCAAUCUCUCAAUGCCGAGAAACUGACUGCCGAGAAGAGGAUGAGCCUGCUACGAACGGAGAAGAUGAGCCUGCAGGAGAAGUACGAAGGUCAGCUGGCGGAGGCUGUGCAAAAGCAGCAGGAAACGGAGCGCGCCCUCCAGGAGAAGUUCGACGCCCAGGUGGAGAAGUACAAGCUGCUGGAGUUCAAGUACUCCGACCUGGAAGCCGAGUGCCUCAAGAGCAAGAAGAAACACAUCGAGGACACGAACGCCUUCGACCAGAAGCUGCAAAAGGUACUGGCCGAUUUGCACAAGGACAAGGCCAGCAAGGAGCACGAGGUGGCUGCCUGGAAGGAAAAGCUGGAAAAGCAACAGCGCGAAGGAGAGCACAAGAUCCACGCGCUGGAGGCCAAUGCAGAGUUUAAGACCAACUGCGACUAUGUGCCCAAGGUUCAGCCCGCCGAGGCGCCGGCCCAUGACCACCAGCAGCAGCUGAACAAGCCCGCCGAGCAGAUGCCCACCACGCACCACUCCAAUCCCGCCCAGCUGGCGCACAGCAUUGAAAAGCCGCGCAACGAGAAGUCCUUCGAUGCCCAAGUGCAAAUUGUGCCCAAAUCGCUCAAUGAGAAGCAGCAGCAGGAGGAGCCUCAGCUGUCCGGCGGUCCUGUUUCCCCGCUGAGCGCUCCCCGCAAGAGCAGCACACAGGCCUCCGUAAGCGGACCGGUCGCCAAGAAAGCCGGCAAUGCUCCGGACGCAUCGGUGGCUCCAAGGGUGAGCAGCAGCAGCGGUCUUCCACCUCUCGCAGUACCGCCAGCCAAACCGGAUCGCAAACUUCCCGAAAACGUUGCUCCCAUCCCCGAAAACUUUGAGGACAAGGUAGACACCAAGGGCGAAGGUGUCGAUGUUGACACCGCCGCCGAGGAGCUGCCCAAGAACGAGAACAACAAUCGUUACGCAAACGCCUUAAAUGAUCUGGAGAGCAACAAGAAUCUUGGUGUGGCACCCAAACCUCUCGAGGAUUCCGGAGCCCACGAGGUCAAAGACGCGUUAAACGAGCCCAGCUUUAAUUUGCCAGCAGCGGCUGGAGCCGGCCAGAACUUCUUUGAUGGCGAAUUGCCGGCUCCUGGUCCCGGGCCCGUACCCGAUGAGCCGGCCAAGCAGAUGGCCGAGGCAGCCGGUGCUGGCGGCGGUGGUGAAGGUGACGAUGACGACGAUGUGGGAGAUGUGGCCGUUAAGCAGCCACAGCAUCUACUCGAUUCAGACAAUCUUAACAACGAAAUCGUGGCUGACCAGGGCAAGGAAUUUGCCGAAGGUAUCCAUCUGGAGGAUGGCAUGGACGAAGACCAAGAUGAGGAUGACUACUCCAAUGUUGGGGCGCGCAAGAAGGGAGACGAGGUUAUUAGACAUUAAGUAACAGAAUUUUCUAUUAAUAUUGAGCGGCAUGUGUGCAAAGGCUUAGAAACCCCUUUAUAUUAAAGCCGUGCUCAGAAAUCCAUAGAUUUUAGGAUCUGAAAGAUGAUUUAGAAUUCAGCGAACCAAUCAAUGAAUUUGUAUAAUAAUUGGAGAUUAUAAAUCGAAAUCUAUCCUGGAUUGAGCACGCCCUAAGCUACCUAGUUUGUAAGUAAAUUUAAACGUAAUGACUACCAUCAUUUCGUUAAUAGCAAAUGAAAAAGAAAACAUGAAACUCGCAGAAAUACAAUACUCUUAUAUGGAAAUGAGAUUAAAGGCAGCGCCAGUUCAUUGUAUGAACUGCAAUUGAUUUAAAGUUAAGACUGGUUUGGUUCAGCUUUGCAAAAUAUUGGUCCAAAAGUGGCAAAACUUGUUUCCGUUGCUAAAUCCUAAACCAUUUCAUUCGUAAUUUCGCCAAUCUCAAAAAUAUACUCUUGCUCUUUCCAUCUGCGUACAAUAUUUCCUUGUACUUGGUUUUCUGUGAUAAAAAUAACUCGCUUCACUGCAUUUGGGCAAUGCUGCCUGUGUUUUUGUCGCUGCCACAAGAUUUUGCAUUCGCAUUUGAAUUCCGUCAACUCAUUUCGCUAGAGAUUAGGUAUAGCCACAUAAGAUAGGAUUGUACACACCGACACACUCGCCUAGCAUUCGAAAAAACACACACAAACUUUAUUGAUAAUAAUAAACUUAAUUCAUAAAUGUUAA